UAAGAUUCCUUUAAAAAAAAAAAAAAAAUCUAACCCAAAGGCAGCACCUGAGUCAUUAUUAAAAAAAAAAAAAAAAUGUCCAUUAACUCCCUCCAGCUGGAAAGCUACCCCAACAAAACUUCUGUUUGUGGAGGGUUUAAGCUUGCUCACCCUGAGGGCAUGGGCCCAGCUGGGUUUGCCCCAUCGGAAGGUGUGCCCAGGGCAGUGGGCACCCUUAGGUGUCUUGCCAUGGCUUGAGAGUAUGUUCUCUCUGUCAGGAGGUAUUGGAUCCCCAAGGCCCACCUUGGCCAGGGCCCUUGGGAAGCCCACAGUGCUGGGGCAGGGGGUGGGGGUGAUGUCCCUUUGCGGAGGCUCUUUUAUGUCUCCAGGGGAGGAAACCCCAUUUCCCUACUACCACCAGGCCCUCGGUGAGUCUUGCCAGGCAUCCGACAGGAAAGAACCUUUUGUUCUGAGCUUGUAGGAAGUCUGAGCUGGAUUUGUUAUCUACCCACAGCAUUUCCUGGAUAGGGGGCCUGGACGGGGCUGCACUAGGGGCUGGCUCCCAGCCUUGGCCUUGGUUCCUUCCUCUCAGCGUCUGGGGCCGGGGAGGCUGCCCAUGGCAAGGUCUAGGUCUUCACGAAAGGCUGAGUGACACCUCCACCAUCCGGCUGCAAGGAAGGGGCGAGUCCCUCAGGGCUGCAGGAGCGGCAAGAUGUCCUUUAUGAUUCAUCUGGAGGAAAAAUUCCGGCACCUUCAAGGAAUUUGCUCACUUCUCUGUGUUUGUUUCACCUGUGAACCCCACCUGAGAAAACCCAGGGCCUCCUGAAACAGAAAGUAAAGCACUGGCACUGGGCCCUCCUGCUCCGGCCAGAACUUGGAGGACUCCGACUUGCUCCCUCAUUGCAGGUGGAAGUGCAGCCAGCAGUCGCCUCGGCAUAGAGCCACCUCGGCAUGGAGAGCCCUGCCCGCCCAGCACCCGUCCCCACGGCGCUGCUUUACUAUGUGGCCUUCUCCCAGCUGCUGGGCCUGGCCGUGGUGGCCAUGACUGGCACCUGGCUCGGUGUGUACCGAGGAGGCAUCGCCUGGGAGAGUGCCCUGCAGUUCAAUGUGCAUCCCCUCUGCAUGAUCAUAGGCCUGGUCUUCUUGCAGGGAGAUGCCCUGCUGGUUUACCGUGUCUUCAGGAAUGAGGCCAAACGCACCACCAAAAUCCUGCACGGGCUGCUGCACCUCUUCGCCUUCGUCAUCGCCCUGGUGGCCCAGUCCUCACGCGACCCCCGCCUCCGGCCAGGCCUGGUGGCGGUGUUCGACUACCACAGGAAGGAGGGCUACGCCGACCUAUACAGCCUGCAUAGCUGGUGUGGCAUUCUGGUCUUCGUCCUCUUCUUUGUGCAGUGGCUCGUGGGCUUUAGCUUCUUCCUGUUCCCCGGCGCGUCGUUUUCUCUGCGGAGCCGCUACCGGCCGCAGCACGUCUUCCUUGGCGGCGCCAUCUUCCUCCUCUCGGUGGGCACCGCCCUGCUGGGCCUGAAGGAGGCGCUGCUGUUCGAGCUCGGGACCAAAUACAGCAAGUUCGAGCCCGAGGGCGUCCUGGCCAACGUGCUGGGCCUGCUGCUGGCCGCCUUCGGCGCGGUCGUGCUCUACAUCCUGACCCGCGCCGACUGGAAGCGGCCCCUCCAGGCGGAAGAGCAAGCGCUCUCCAUGGACUUCAAGACGCUGACGGAGGGCGACAGCCCCAGCUCCCAGUGACGCGCGCCCCGUGCCAUCCCGUCCCGUCCCGCGAGGCGGUCUCCGCCGUUUCGGGGUCCCGACAGGUGUCUGUCCCGCACCCGCCGAGGCUCCGGGGGUGGGGAGCGGGGGUGGGGCCGCCCUCCGCCCUGAGCGCUGAUUUCCGGGGUUCAGGCGCCCUCCGCUUUCUCCUCCUCGCUGCUGCUGCUGCUGCCGCCACUGUGUUAGUCCUGCGCAGACCCCCGCCCCCGUUGCCCCUGCCACCCCCUCAGAUGGAGCAGCUUUGGGUAGGGUUCUGGGCGGUUGGGCCUGGUCGCAGAAGCACAGAUCCCUAAAGGGGUCGGAGAGUGGGGGGCGGCUCCCCGCUCGGGGCAGCGGGGCCUGGGCUGUGUCUGCGGAGAAGGCGGGGCUCAGCGCCGUGCCUGGCGAGGCCAAGACUUGCUUUGUGUGACACCGAACUCCAACCAGGAGUCUUGCGGGCCCAGCCUUUGGCAGCGGAGCAAGUGAUAUUAUGUGUAAAAUAUGCUGGUGUCAGGGCAGGGUUCCCCAGGAGAGGGGAGGGACUGACCCUUGGGAAGCUCUGGACGCGUGGCUUUGGCCCAGCUGCGCUCUGCAGCCUUCUCUUUAACCCCUUAGCCCCAGGGCGGCUUUCUUUGCCUUUGGGGCCCAGCAGCCCGAAGAAGAGGCAGGAGGUGGGCCUGGGCGGGCGCUGCGGGCCGUGUGCCGCCUGCAGGGGCUCCCCUCCCCGCGGGGGGCCGGCCUCGGCGAGCCAGCUGCCCACCAGCUGCCCACCCUCGGAGCUCACUCAGGCGCUGCUCUGACAGAGGCCCAGGACACAAGCCUUUUUGCUUUAAACAAAAAGCUGCCGCUGUCGCCCCCUUUCCCUUCCCAUAGGGAGGGUAGGGGCUGCCUGAUCAGGAGGAAAGCCUCAUCCUCUCCUACCUGGGGCCCAUCUUUGCAGGAAGUUGGGACCAAGUCAGAAUCGGAUUAAUCCCCCCAACCCCAUGAGUGUGUAGUGCUGUUAGCUGAGUCACUGCUUGGCUUCUGUCUAGAAAUAACGUGAUUACAGCAUCGAUCUUGUGCUUCUUGGACCUGGUGAAUGCUCUCUCCUUGUUUUCCUCGUUUUCCGGGCUUUGAGGAGCAUGGCACUGUUUGAGACAAGACACAGUUUACUUAGAUGAAGACAUUAAUAAAAUUUCCAAAUCUGA